AUGGUGGUCAUUGCCUGGUCAAUUGGUCAAAAGUUUGUAGGCCAAGAAACCUCGGAGGCUUGGGCGUCCCUGACUUGGAGAGAUUCAGUCGUGCUUUGCGUUUGCGUUGGCUUUGGUUCGAGUGGACUUGCCCGAACAAGCCGUGGGUUGGUACCCCCCCCUCCGGUGAACAAGUGCGAUCGUGACCUCUUCUCCGCCUCCACUGUGGUGCAUAUUGGGAACGGUCGUAAGGCCACCUUCUGGCAUGACUCUUGGCUUGAUGGUGUCGCUUCUAAGGUCAUCGCUCCUACCAUCUUUGUCAUCACAAGGAAGAAGAACCACACUGUUCAUGAUGAUCUCACUGACGGGGCUUGGAUCCACGCCCUUAGGGGCAAGAUCUCCAACGAGGUGCAGCUUGACGAGUUCGUCUCCCUUUGGCAGAGGCUUCAGGUCGUGGUCUUGCACCCUGACACCCCUGAUUCCAUCACUUGGCGUUGGACGUCCGAUGGCAUCUACACCUCUAGCUCGGCGUACAAGGCCCAAUUCCUUGGCUCCAUCCACGCCCAACACAUUAAUAUUGUUUGGAAAGCAAAGGCUAAAAACAAGUGUAAGUUCUUCGCGUGGCUCCUCGCUCAGAACAAGAUUCUCACCGUCGAUAACCUCGCCGUUAGGGGCUGGUCACACACUCCGGGUUGCUCCCUUUGCACCGAGCCUCAUGAGACCGGGACGCAUAUCUUCCUUCGUCGCCCCUUCACUCGCCAGGUGUAG